AAUAGAACGACCUUGCGUUUACUUCUGUAUUAUUACAUUCUAGGAGAUUGAGUAUGGCCACUGUCAAUAUUUACUUUACGAUUGACACAAAGGUUUUACAACUCUGACUGGAUUUGUUUUGCUUGUCAACUCUGUCUUCACUGUCUUUAUAAAAUUUAGAUUUGGCUGUUGAAUGCUUGUGAAGGGAAAUCGUAACACAGCUCUGCAAUGGGUGAAAGGAAGGGAGUCAACAAAUAUUAUCCGCCAGACUUUGAUUACAAAAAACAUGGAUCAUUGGACAGAUAUCAUAAUUCGCAUCCCUUGCGAGAAAGAGCAAGGAAACUCAAAUCAGAAGGAAUUCUCAUCAUACGAUUUGAGAUGCCGUAUAAUAUAUGGUGUGAAGGGUGUAACAGUCACAUUGGAAUGGGUGUUCGCUAUAACGCAGAAAAGAAAAAGAUUGGGAAUUAUUAUUCCACCAUCAUUUACAAGUUUCGUAUGAAAUGUCAUCUUUGUCCGCAACAUUUCGAGAUCCAAACGGACCCCGCAAACUGUGAUUAUAAGAUCUUGAGUGGAGCUCGUAGGAAAGAAGAACGAUGGGACGCAAAAGCGAAUGAACAAAUCGAAAUGACUGAUCAUGCAGUAAAAAAGCAGUUGCUGACGGAUCCUAUGUUUAAGUUGGAACAUGGAGUAAAAGAUAAACGGAAGUUGGAAUCAGUGAUCCCAAGUCUCUCUGAACUCCAGGACUUCCAGGAGGAGAAAAAAGAUGAUUAUCUUCUUAAUAAAGCGCUUAGGAAUAAAUUUCGAUCAGAAAAAAAGAGAUUAGAAGAGACUGCUAGGAGUGAUAAAGCUUUGUUGGAUAAAUCCUCUCUUGAUAUUAAGCUACUGCCUGAAUCUGAAGAAGAUAAAAAGAUGGCAGAGUUAUUGAAAUACCAAACUGUAAAAUCUUUGGAAAUGAGUCUGAAAGAAAGUCGAUCUGAAAUUAUUCACCAACCAAUAUUACCGCAAAAUCCUUCCGCAAAAACUGAGGAAAUUUUGGGCCAAAUUGGAGCCAAACUUCCGAAAUCGCUGACCUCAGCAAUUCUUUCAAAAUCCCCAACUAAUUUAUGGAGUACCUCCAAUAACUCUAGCAGUGUAAAAAUUCCUGCUCUUGCCAAAAAUCUUGGAAUAAAAGUUACAAAGAGAAAACGUAGCGCUUCUGAAUCUGAAACUAAGUUUUCCAAACCAGCGAAACAUUCAAGAACAAAGAGUGAAGCAACUCAAUCUAAUCAAAAUCAGACGUUAACUAAACCAUCCUCAAGAACUACAAACGAAAAUUCAAACUUUGUACAGUCAACAGCAAAAAAUGUGACUUCGAAUGAAAAUGGUCAAAAAACUGACUCAAGCAGAACACUGACACCCAGUUUGCAGGGAGUAAAGGAAACCAAAUCCACCGGCAAAUCAGAGCCUGCUGUAACUCCCAGUACAAGCCACACCACGCAGUAUAUGCAAGAUAGGAGAACUGAUAAAGAAUUAGAAACAGUUAUAAAGACCAUACCAGCUAAAACAGCAUCGUGUUUAGUAGCUGAUUAUUCAGAUUCAAGCACAGAUGAAAAUACUUAACGUGAUCGACUUUAUAGCAAAAAUUUACUAUUAUAAUUGCUGAUACAUAAAUAUAAGCAUUUAAUGCAGUUAACCUGUCAUAGUGGCUUGGCAUGCUCUGUUAUUUCAUUUUACCCGUGUUUAUAAUAUAAACUAAUACGUGGUUCAAAUACUUUAUAUAAAUAGUUGUGAACGUAAUUCUGACAUUUUACAUUCAUGGUUCACAUGGUGCUAUUCAAUAUACAAUCUGUUUGAAUUGAAACCAUCCAAACGCUCCCUUUAACUUCCGUUACUUAAACAUUCUUGCAUGUAGUAGCAGUUUGAAUAACUUGAUUUAAUUUAAAAUAUUUGAAAAUAAAGCCUUUUAACUACUUGGUCACUAAAAAUGAUAUAAAAUUUUAACAUAUUGGCACAUUUUACACUGUGCAUGAAAUUAGUUCCAUUACUUUCGUAAAAUUUUAACAUUUGUUUCCACAG